CGUAGAAGUAGUUAUAAUUAACAUAUUAAAAAGCGGUGAGAAACCCAUAAGGGCCACAGCCCACAAUUUACUACCUUGUCUCUUUUUACUCCUGAUUCAGAGACACACACAAAGCAUAGCCUUGAUGACUUUGAGUUGGUUCCAAAAGCACCGCUGUAUGUACGGUAAAGUUCUAAAAAAUAUACGUGUAUGUGUAUGUGUAUAAAACUUUCUCUCUCUCCAAGCAAGAAGUAGAAAUAAAAACCCAACCUUCCUUCACCUGCAAAAUGCAUUUACUCCCUCCUUCAUUUCCAUUUAUUUCGCAGCUCCACCAUUUUAUCGUCCUUAAUAUUCCCCAGAUACAUCCGACCGACUCACUCUCUCUCUCUCUCUCUCUCUCCGUACACUCACUCCUCAAACACGUGCCCCUCACGUGCACCCUCUCCAUUUGCGUUUCGUUCUUAACACGUUUUCUUCCCUUUCAUUACAAUACCACAUCUAAUCUCUCUCUCUCUCUCUAACUUUCUCUCUCUAAAAUGUCGUCUCCUCCGCCAUUGUUGAGCUUCGUCCAAGGAGGAGGAGAAAACACAAACACAGAGACAAUCACUGAUUAUUACAACUCGACCGCCUCAUCUCCACCUCACCACCAUUCAACGUCGACGUCGUUUAGCAACCUCAGCCCAAGCAUCCUUAUCAUCGUUCUAAUCCUCGCUAUAACCUUCAUCGCUUCCGUCUCUCUCUGCCUUCUCCUCCGCCACCUCAACCGCCGAUGCCCCGACACCUUUCUCAGUCAGCUUCCUCUUUUUUCUUCCUCUUCCUCCACUGUCAUUCCCCUCGAAUCGCACCGAAUCUCUGCUCGUCGAGUCUCGCCAGAGGAUCCAACGGCCUCGUUGAUCGACUCUCUGCCUCUCUUCACCUUCUCAUCUGUCACUCGCCGUUCGUCGUCUUCCGGAGCCGCCGCUGCCGCCGACUGCGCCGUCUGUUUGUCGAAGUUUGAGCCCGACGACCAGCUCCGGCUACUCCCUCUCUGUUGCCACGCUUUUCACGCGCUCUGCGUGGACACUUGGCUUCAGUCCAACCAGACCUGCCCGCUCUGCCGUUCCCCUAUUUUUGCUUCAGAAACCGAAAUCCUCAAAAGCUUGACGGCAACCAACACCGGGGAGAAUACUUCCGGCCGCAGUGGUGGUAGUUUCAGACUGGAGAUCGGAAGCGUCAGUGGCAGGCAAACGGAGUCCAUCGGCGACGGAGGAGGAAGAGAUAGACGGAGAUCCUAUUCUAUCGGAUCGUUCGAAUAUCUUGUUGAAGACGAUUCCGAGGUGAGCCUGAGCAAUGGGCACCGGAGGAGUGUUUCCGACCAGAAGGACGAUGGCCAACCGCCGGGCAUGGUGCCGGAGGAGAGUUUGGCGGGGGAAGUAGCCGCCGGAAGUGGCAGGAGCUGGCUCAAGGAAUACGUUGACAGGCUUUCCAUGUCUCUGUCUUCGCGAGCUCAAUCGUUCAGGAGCUCUGGUAGAUUUUUCACCGGAAGCAGUCGCCAGAGUGAGGUUACCGUCGCCGGAGAAUGGGACAUGGAAGCCGCACGAGUUGGGGAAGAGAUCAGUGAAAUGUUCCGCUGGUUCUCAGGGGUAUGACCAUGGAUAGUAUAUACGCUGCCGUUUUAGUA